AUGGCCGAAUCCCAGCCCCCUACUAUAGUUGAGGGUGCGACAACAGGGGACAUAGACGACGAGACCCCAGUAGCUGCAAAGUCUGCAGAGGAUAGAAAGGCUGCUGCGGCUUUAUCUUCCCUCGAUACAAGAGAAGAGGAAUCUGCCGGCAAGGAUGUGGACCAAGAAGCUGUGAGGAAGGCUAUGGAGAGACUUGGAGGUUCUGGAGCUACAAAUGGAGUUGUCGCGAAGAAGGAUGAGCAGAAGAUUGUCAAAAAGUCUGUGAAAGUUGAGGCGGCAGAUGUUGCUCUGGUAAUUGAAGAACUGGAGUUGACAAAGGCCAAAGCCACGGACCUGCUAAAGGCCUAUGAAGGAAGUGCGGAAAAGGCACUGAGGGCCUACAUCACACCCGCAGCAUAA